AUGGUGAAGAAACGUCGUGCAUCAGGAUCGGCAUCCUCCACAUCGACCCCAGGACCAGGGUUCCCCUCUGAAGAGCCCUCGGCCCGCGCUUCGCCCGACGACAGCGCUCCCCGCCGCAGCGAGCUCGACCACGACGCGCGCGACGACGGCGGCGGCGAGCGAGGACGGGCCGGCGCCAGUGCCAGUGCCGGCACGACACCUGCGCCAAGAGGCGAAGAGCGCACUGUUGCGAAGCCGGGCACUGUCGUCGUUGGCUCGGGCGACGGGACAAACUGGGGCGACGAGUGUUUCCUCUACACCGACCUGCCGAUGAACAGGCAAGGCUAUCGGUAUGUGCCUUGCGCACCAUCACCAAACGUCUCUCCCAACCCCCAGCUCCCCUUUCACCGCACCUUGCCUGGCCCACCACCUGCCGCGCCAGUGGCCCUCUCCUUUCUCGACCGCUCGGCCUUUCUCCGCGUUGCGCAGGACGGGCGGACAUGUACGACCGACCGCGGAUAUCGCUCUGGACGCGGCAGCGUCGCCGUUCGCGAGGGAACAUGGUACUACGAGGCCACAAUUGUGCGCAGCGACGGAGCGUCCGGCGGUGGCCGCGGCAGCGCAGGUGACGCUGGCAACCCACACGUCCGCAUCGGCUGGGGCCGCCGCGAGGCAGGGCUGGACGCGCCCGUUGGCGCCGACGCGUACGGCUACGCGAUCCGCGACGUGGGUGGUGAAAAGGUCCACAUCUCGCGGGCGAAGAGCUACGGCCGGACGUUUGCCACUGGCGACGUUGUUGGAUGCCUCAUCUCCCUCCCGCCGCGCACCGAGCCUGUCGACGAAGAAGACGUCGCCUAUGUCCGCCGCUGGCGGAUCCCCCUCCGAUACCGCGGCCAGCUGUACUUCGAGAUGGACGAGUACCCAGUCACCAAGGAGAUGGAAGCGCUCGUCAACCGUGAAGGCAAGCCGCCACCCGCGCCAGCUGCCGUGGAAGACAUCAAGCCGAGCGAGCCCAAGAAGAAGAUGAAGAAGGGAGCAGGCAGCAGCGCAGCCGAGCCACCAACCCGACCCGUCGCGCGCACACUGCACAAGCUGCCUGGUUCCUACGUCUCGUUCUUCCUCAACGGCGAGCCGCUCGGAACCGCGUUCGAGGACCUGUACGACUUUCUCCCGCUCCCACCCUUGCCCGGCCAGCGGAAAAAGUACACACACGCGUACGAGCGCGAGCGCGAGGCGUACCAGUACCACGACGACGGCACGCUCGGCUACUUCCCCAUGGUCAGCUGCUUUGGCCGUGGCAAGGUACACCUCAACUUUGGCCCGGACUUUGCGUCGCCGCUGCCAGAGGGCGCCCGGCCCAUGUGUGAACGGUGGGACACGUUCCGCGCCGAAGAGCUGGUGUACGACGAGCGCGACGAGGCGGCCAGCGCCGAGAAGAUGCGCCGCGACAUGGCUUCCGCCGCAGCACCGCCGCCAUCGGCCACAGGCGUAGGCGCUGGCGCUGCUCCGGGAUCCGGUGCGGGGACAGCGACGCCCGGCGCCACGGGCACCCCGCCAACGUCCAAGCGGCCCAGCAAGAAGAAGAAGAAGGCCACGCCAGCACCGGGAGACGCUACGCCGCGCGAGCGCGACGCGACGGGCACGCCGGCCGCUGAACACGAGUACGAGCAUGAGAAUGGACCUGGUGGCUCGUCGCCCUUCCGCGCACGCUCGACGCCGUUUGAGGGCUACGAGACUGCGUCGGCGUACGAUGCCGGUGCGACUCCCGCGGCGUCGUCGCCUCCCGCGGGCAUGGACGUGGACGACGUCGUCGACGUCAAGCAGGAAGUCAACGAGGACACUGGGGCCGAGGGAGCUGCCGCCGCUGCCGCCAAGGCCGAGGACGAGAACGAGGGUGUGAGGUGGUGA